AUGACUGGCUCUGCCGACCAUGUGAUCCGUGGCUAUAGUCUCCAGACAAAGAGAGAGAAAGAAGGAGAACUGCAGCCUGGUGUGUUCAUUCGUACGCCCGACGUUUUUAAUGGAGCGCAAGUCGGAGUUCUCCGUGGCCACGAGAGCUUCAUCUACGCGCUGGACAGCCUCCCGACCGGCGAGCUAGUCAGUUCCAGCGAAGACCGCACGGUGCGCAUCUGGAAGGAUCAGUCGUGUAUUCAAACUAUCACCCACCCAGCACUCUCGAUCUGGUCGGUUUCGGUGUGCCAAAAGACGGGUGAUUUUGCGACAGGCGCAAGCGAUAACAUUGCGCGUAUCUUUACCAGGGACCAGCAGAGGACCGCCUCCGAGAACACGCUCAGGGAGUUCUCCGAGUCCCUCCAACGCUCAUCUAUACCCCAACAGCAGAUGGACGACAUCAACCCCAACACUCUACCUGGUCCAGAGUUUAUCGAAAGGAAGUCUGGUACAAAGGAAGGGCAAACAGUUAUGAUCAACUCUGGAAACGGAAACAUCAGCGUCUACCAAUGGUCUGUGGGUAAGUAA